AUGGACAUACUGGAUGCUGAGGAAAGUGAUGUUGAUUUAAUCGAGCUUCAAGGAGAGGUUGAGAAUAUGGAGGCCUUUGAUGGGAGGCUCAACAAGGAGCUUGUUCAGCUUGAGUUUGGAACAUGUGUUCUUCACGGAAGAAAGAUUGACAAAGAGUUUAAUAUCAUUGAGACAGACGUCUGCAACGGAAGGCCUUGUUUAAAAGUCAUAAAGAAGGUUAAAUGUGUAUAUUUAUUUGAUAAGCCUCCUAGGUAUAGAAGCUCAGGCCUAGGGCGUGGAAACUAA